AUAUCCGGAUUCUUAGAGCGGACUCAGAGCUCCACGGUUCUCUACGCGGUUAGCACAUGCGCGACGGCUCUGCUCCCUCUUCCUCCACUUCCACUAGCUUCCACGGUCCGGGAAGCCGCCGCCACCGCCGCCGAGGAGUCAGGAAGUUCAAGAUGGCCGCCGCGGAGACUCUGUCGCUGCGGGAACAGCCCGAGAUGGAAGAUGCUGAUAAUUCUGAGAAGAGUGUAAAUGAAGAAAAUGGGGAAGUAUCAGAAGACCAAUCUCAAAAUAAGCACAGUCGUCACAAAAAAAAGAAGCAUAAACACAGAAGUAAACAUAAGAAACAUAAACAUUCCUCAGAAGAAGAUAAGGAUAAGAAACAUAAACAUAAGCAUAAACAUAAGAAACACAAAAGAAAAGAGGUCAUUGAUGCCUCUGACAAAGAAGGUAUGUCUCCAGCAAAAAGAACUAAACUUGAUGAUUUAGCUCUGUUGGAAGACUUGGAAAAACAGAGAGCCUUGAUUAAAGCUGAACUUGAUAAUGAGUUAAUGGAAGGAAAGGUCCAGUCUGGGAUGGGGCUCAUAUUACAAGGUUAUGAGUCUGGCUCUGAAGAAGAGGGGGAGAUUCAUGAAAAGGCAAGAAAUGGAAAUAGGUCUAGUACCAGAUCGUCAAGUACAAAGGGGAAACUCGAGCUUAUGGACAAUAAAAAUAGUACAAAAAAACGAAGUAAAAGCAGAUCCAAAGAACGGACUAGACAUAGGUCUGAUAAAAAGAAAAGUAAGGGAGGUGUUGAAAUAGUUAAAGAGAAGACAACUAGGAGUAAAUCAAAGGAGAGGAAAAAGUCCAAAAGUCCAUCCAAAAGAAGUAAGUCUCAAGAUCAAGCAAGGAAAUCAAAAUCCCCAACCCUUAGAAGGCGAUCUCAAGAGAAAAUUGGGAAGGCCAGAUCCCCUACUGAUGACAAGAUUAAGACUGAAGAUAAAAGUAGGUCAAAAGAUAGGAAAAAAUCCCCAAUUAUAAAUGAAAGUAGAAGUCGUGAUCGAGGCAAAAAAUCCAGAUCCCCAGUUGAUUUAAGAGGUAAAUCCAAAGACAGAAGAUCACGAUCCAAAGAGAGAAAAUCAAAACGGUCUGAAACAGAAAAAGAAAAGAAGCCAAUUAAAUCUCCCUCUAAAGAUGCUUCUUCUGGGAAAGAGAACCGGUCACCGAGUAGAAGACCUGGUCGAAGUCCUAAAAGAAGAAGUUUGUCUCCAAAACCACGUGAUAAAUCAAGGAGAAGUAGAUCUCCACUAGUAAAUGAUAGGAGGUCUAAACAGAGCAAAUCUCCUUCCCGAACUCUGUCUCCUGGUAGAAGAGCCAAGAGCCGAUCCUUGGAAAGAAAACGAAGAGAACCAGAAAGGAGACGACUUUCUUCUCCAAGAACACGACCUCGAGAUGAUCUCCUCAGUAGACGUGAAAGAUCAAAAGAUGCCAGCCCGAUCAAUAGGUGGUCUCCAACCCGAAGAAGAACAAGUAGAUCUCCCAUUAGGAGGCGGUCCCGUUCCCCACUCAGACGCAGUAGGUCACCCAGGAGAAGAAGCAGGUCUCCUCGGAGAAGGGACAGAGGUCGAAGGAGCAGGUCACGCUUGAGAAGGCGGUCUCGAUCACGGGGUGGUCGUAGACGUAGGAGCAGAAGCAAAGUAAAAGAAGAUAAAUUUAAAGGAAGUCUUUCUGAAGGAAUGAAAGUUGAACAAGAAUCUUCAUCUGAUGAUAACCUUGAAGACUUCGAUGUAGAGGAAGAAGAUGAAGAAGCUCUAAUAGAACAGAGAAGAAUACAGAGGCAGGCAAUUGUUCAGAAAUAUAAGUAUCUUGCUGAAGAUAGCAAUAUGUCUGUGCCAUCUGAACCCAGCAGCCCCCAGAGCAGUACCUGUACGCGGUCACCUUCACCAGAUGACAUUCUAGAAAGGGUAGCUGCUGAUGUUAAAGAGUAUGAACGGGAAAAUGUUGAUACCUUUGAGGCCUCUGUAAAAGCCAAGCAUAAUCUAAUGACAGUUGAACAGAAUAAUGGUUCAUCUCAGAAGAAGCUCUUGGCACCUGAUAUGUUUACAGAAUCUGAUGAUAUGUUUGCUGCCUAUUUUGAUAGUGCUCGUCUUCGGGCUGCUGGCAUUGGGAAAGAUUUCAAAGAGAAUCCCAACCUCAGGGAUAACUGGACGGAUGCAGAAGGCUAUUAUCGGGUGAACAUAGGUGAAGUCCUAGAUAAGCGUUACAAUGUGUAUGGCUACACUGGCCAAGGUGUAUUCAGUAAUGUUGUACGAGCCAGAGAUAAUGCAAGAGCAAAUCAAGAAGUGGCUGUAAAAAUCAUCAGAAACAAUGAGCUCAUGCAAAAAACUGGCUUAAAAGAACUAGAAUUCUUGAAAAAACUUAAUGAUGCUGAUCCUGAUGACAAAUUUCAUUGUUUGCGACUCUUCAGACACUUUUAUCACAAGCAGCAUCUCUGUCUCGUAUUUGAACCUCUAAGUAUGAAUUUACGAGAGGUGUUAAAAAAAUAUGGUAAGGAUGUUGGUCUUCAUAUUAAAGCCGUGAGAUCCUAUAGUCAGCAGCUGUUCUUGGCAUUAAAACUCCUUAAAAGAUGCAAUAUCCUACAUGCAGAUAUCAAGCCAGACAAUAUCCUGGUUAAUGAAUCAAAAACAAUUUUAAAGCUCUGCGAUUUUGGGUCGGCUUCACAUGUUGCGGAUAAUGACAUAACACCUUAUCUUGUCAGUAGAUUUUAUCGUGCUCCUGAAAUCAUUAUAGGUAAAAGCUAUGACUAUGGUAUAGACAUGUGGUCUGUAGGUUGUACCUUAUAUGAACUCUACACUGGAAAAAUUUUGUUUCCCGGCAAAACCAAUAACCAUAUGUUGAAGCUCGCCAUGGAUCUCAAAGGAAAGAUGCCCAAUAAGAUGAUUCGGAAAGGCGUAUUCAAAGACCAACAUUUUGAUCAAAACCUCAACUUCAUGUAUAUUGAAGUUGAUAAAGUAACAGAGAGGGAGAAGGUUACUGUCAUGAGCACCAUUAAUCCAACCAAGGACCUGUUGGCUGACUUGAUUGGGUGCCAGCGACUUCCUGAAGACCAGCGUAAAAAAGUACACCAGCUAAAGGACUUGUUGGACCAGAUCCUGAUGUUGGACCCAGCUAAACGAAUUAGCAUCAAUCAGGCCCUACAGCAUGCCUUCAUCCAGGAAAAAAUUUAAACGAGAUGAAGAAGCUCCAAGGGUUUGAGUAAUUAAAUACAAAGACUGAAGAAAUUUCACAGCAGUUUAUUAAUGUAUAUAAACUUAUAAAUAUUUCUCCAGCAAAUUUGAGGAAGCAUGAUAUAUUUGAAUUAACACCAAGGGUGAUAUUUCUUUUAGAAAUGUUAGUUAAUCUGUUUUGUGUCUUAUGUGAAAUUUCACUGUAGAACUGUUUUAAUUGCCAAGACUGCACAGAAUUACAGUGCAAAUGUAUAUGGUUGCAGUUCACAUAAAAGACAAAAGCAUCUGUUAUCAAAUGAGUAGUAAUAUUGGGUGGUUGAUUUAUUUUUAGCAAACUUGGCUUCAUAUUGGUCUUCAGAUAAAAUGGCCAGCAUAAAUGCUGUUUAUAUUCACAUUUUCCUAGGUGUGUGUGUGCAGGCCACAGCAGCAUGCCCUUGGUGUAGUCAGUGCCGAAGGGGGUCUGUUCCUUCUUGAGCCUGCCUGCAGGGAUGGUCUCCUCUUUUAAAGCAGGUUGUGUACAACAUUCAGUACACUGAAGGUAAGCUAACCCAUCAACAUCACUGGUGUUUUAAGAUGUUAUUUUAUUGGAACAGUUGACAAAUGAGGGAUAUUAGCUUUGUGGCAGAAUUCCCUGCAUGUGUGCUAACUGAUCUCGUUUUCUUUUUUGGCAUCGCGACUGUGGCAUAGUUACGAUUUCUGUUCUGUUCAUCACAUUUAAAAUUUGAAGAGUGUGCGCUUGAUGGAUAGAGCGCCUUCAGUGUACUGUUUCUUACUAACUUUAAUUUUUUAAAUCAACUUGCUAUAGACUUUAUAUACAUUUUGUUAAAUACAGUUCGUAGUGACAAAAAAACAAUGCGUAGUUUUCAUUUACUAAUUACAAAUGUUGAGGCCUAAUUCUGAGUCCUCAUAUUUAAAAGUUAGACAACAUAAUGAAAUUUUUAACUAUUUGUAUGUCAUUUUGAAAGUGUACUGCUUUAUGGUAAAAGUGUUUUUUCAUUUGUUCAUUGUUUUCAUUAUUUGUGAUCAUGUUGUCUUUCAAUACAGGCAUAAACCUUCCACUCUUGAACAAAGCAGCUGCUUUUUAAAAGCGGUAAUUGCUUCUUUACCUUUUAUUUCUUUUGUAAAUGAAGCUUUUCUUUAAGAAUGUGACUUUAAAGUGUUGUCUAUUGCAUAAAACAGUUGACACUCACUUAUUGUAAAGUGAAGAUUGUUCUACUGCAUGUGAAGUGGACCAUGCAGAUUUCUGUAUGUUCUCAGUAUGCAUCACUAGAUAAUAAAGUCUUUUGUGAACAAGGCAUUUGUAGCCAUUUUUAAAAGUUUUUGUCUUCAGUGCUGGUAAGUCAGGUAAACCAUAAAUAGUUAAAAGCAACCUUUCAUUUCUUCCUUUAAGUCUUUGAAAGAAUUAUUUGUUAAAGUUGUAAAGCCUAGCCACAAGCUUAUCAUUUUAUUAAUAAUCAGGAUCCUAAUUAUUUCAUCAGAAAAAUCCUACAGAUAUUGUCAGCUUUCAGUGUAGUGAGAUAAUUCCUGUAGGUUAUGGGGUAUAAUUCAGGAUUUAACUAAUAUUUCUGCUAUUUUCUCACUUUUCCUUCUGAUGGUGCGGAAAGAGAAAAAAGGAAAACGGGGCACAGGCCAUUCAACGCCUUCUCCAAGGGGUCUGAUUUGCUGAGACACCAGCUUCACCUUCUUAACAAGGUUAUUUCUGACAGCAUGUGUAGAUAAACAUUUAGCCACAAUUUAAAACAAAAUCAUGUAAAUCAGCUUGGUUUUGCAACACAAAGGAAUUCCGUAUUUUUAAACAUGGCAGGGGAGCUUUUUCAGAAAUGCAUAGGAGUCUUUUUUCUGUUUGGGUGGUAAAAUUAAUGCUUGUCUUCCUGAGCAGUGUGGAAAAUAAUCAGAUUUUUGGGGUUAAAAUAAUAUUUUUAAAUUGUAAAUGGGAUUUUUUUAUUCACCCAGGCACCUAAUAACAACAAGCAUGCACGUUUUGGUGCAUUCAAGAAUGGAAAAUCAGAAUAGCAGCAUUCUUCUGGUGGGUUUUGCUCCAUUUAAAGACAUGAAAUGAACUACAGCCAGGAAGGUGAUAGAUGAUAUAAUAAGCCAACUUUGAAUCUACACCCCGUCUCUUCGUGGUUUAGACUUUACUAAAAUAAAUACAAGGUAGUUUCCAUUUUCAGGUAGAGGGAAGCCUUUUACAGAAGGCUUCACAGGUGCAGCUUUUCCACCUUAACAAAAUGGGUAGUGAUUUUCCCACCAUGAUUUACUUUAUUUUGGUGAUAAUAUGCUGCAUAUUCGAGUCUUUUAUAGUUAUUUUCACUCAAAAUAGUAACAUUUUGAUGCUUCUGUUGAUUUUCAUGGCUUCAUUUUGUAAAAUUAUUUAAGUAAGUUAACUUCCACUAGAAACAGUUCAUCUUAUGCCUUCAAAACUAUUACGUAUUCUUUAAAAAACAAAGUUGCUUGUUACUUGUUCUUUGUGUUUUAGGUGCAGUUCAGUGGAAGAUGAUGACAGCCAGAAGACAUGAGCUAAGGUUUCUGUCCUAUAAAAGAUUAAAACAAACAAAAAAGAAUACUCCAUUUAAUUUUUGUCUAAUUUUUAGUUUUCAGCCUUAUGAUUUGGGUUUCGUUAAUGUUUGGCACUUAGAGUAGUAGUGCUAUUGUGGUGUUCAUCUGUACAUGCUUGUUUUAUUGUGCUUCCUGCCUCUCCUCUCUUCCCUCCCCUACGAUAAAAACAGUGGUCAUUGAGGGGUAGGAAAGACUCCUGAAUGGUGAGAUUCCACAUAAACACAUGGCCAUCAGAAUUGGUCCCUAUGGGUUAUUAGGAAACUAGAAACCACCAAAACCACGUGCAAAAGAAUAGCAAGUGGUAUUUUAAGAACACUACUAUUCAACUCCCUUAAUCCUCCAGUCCCCAGCUUUCCUUUUAGUCCCUUUGUUUUUCCAAGUGCUCCAGUCAUGGUCUUAAAAUAGACACAAUGUUUAGAACCACUGUCAGUUUUUCUUCUUAAGGGAAAUGAGAGAAGUCGACGUUUGUUCCCAAAUUUAGCAUUCCUAGAUUUGUCUAUUUGAAGGGAAUGUUGUAAACAUUCUUUAUAUACAUACACAUGAUUUGAUUAGAAUUGGUAAUUUUGCUGAUGCAGAAAUUUGGAGCUUUGUAAGACCUCUCUUUGAUUCUGGUCAGUUAGUGAAUUUAACAUACAUUCAUAUUUCAUAAUAACUUGUAACUGUAGUUUUCAAAUAAGUUGCUCUCUGAUAUAAAGCUUUUUGUUUUAUUACACUUCACAGCAAAAAUACCCCAUGUAUGUGUCAGACUUCAGGGUUCUUAAGUCUUAGGACACAACCCUCAAAAAGGUCCUACCUCUUUCUGUAGUGAAGGGGUAGUUGAGAUCCAGAAAGCAUAUACAUUGUAGAGCUUGUUCUCUACGUAGACCUUCUCAAAGGUCUCAGAAAUCAGGUUGGAAUAUCCAGGUUUUGAAGGAAGGGAGCAUCUUGUCAUAAAUUUUAAAGAUCUUUCCAGUAUUCACAUUCACCCUUAAGUCCUUAUUAAUAGCAUCCUGUUUAUUCAGUCUCAGUGUAUAACUCAUUUCCACUUUACUACUUCAAAAAUAAUUCUGUAUUUUUAAAAUACUGUAACUUUUUCCCCCCAUUAUGAUAACCACCUCUUUUCUCUAAAACAAAUACUCAGGGCAUUUCUAUAGUACAAAAAAAAUGUAUGUGUUUUAUGGUACGUGGUAGAGCAGAGAAGUGUAAUGUUCUCACAUUUGUUUCAUAUUUGCAUCCUUCCUACUGUGCUUUACUUGUACUUGAUGAUCAUUUGGUAACUGGAGCUGGCUAGGUAGAAGUAAAAUCUCUGCAAUGAAACAGAGGAUUCACAUAUCUUCAAACUUAGGCCAGGCAGUUAAGGAAUGCCCUUUUUAAAUGGUGGAGCUAGGAAGGAAGUAGAUUCUCAAAUAAGUAAUUUCCUUUCUUUAGUUAUAAUGAUGUCAUUAGAAAUUGGGCCUCAUCAAGUGUUUCUUUUCUUGUAUCCUAGUUCAAGCAUAUAUUACUCAGCACAAGUUUUAUCAUUCUAGAUGGAAUGUCUUCCUUAUGGAAAUGUUCACUACAGAUUCAUUUGUGUUUCUUUACAUGUCAAUAAUGUACACUAAAUUGACUUAAAAUGUUUUCCAGUUAUUUGAUAGAUAUCAUCAUGGCAUCUUUAAUUUUUUUUUCUCCUUCUGUAUGUAGGGUAAGUGACUGUUCUUCUGAAGAAUCUUUCCAUUUAGUGAUCAAGAUAUGGAAGCUGGUCUCUGAAAAUACUCAAUGUAUCUCAGUUACUCAUGGUAUCACUUGAAUUGUAACUUGGCAGUUUAAAUAGAAGCAAUGUUUCCAAUUAUUGGGAAAACUGAAUAAACUAUGUCUCUUGUUACCA